GUCGGAGGCUGCGAUCCAGCCCACAUCGGGGAUGCUUGCCAACUGCUUGUCGAAAUGCCUCUAUCAGACUUUUGAACAUGCAACGGGAGGAGCAGCGGUGCUUGGUGCCUGGUUGAGGCCGGACGACUCUUGCGCUCGCUGGGACCUUCAAGUCUGCGGCGGCUGUAGCAGCGUUUCUUGAUACAGGAUCUGUUGAUGUUUUCCGAUUAGGGCGCACUCAAUACGUCGUUGAGUCUCACGGUGGAUGAAUCUGCAAGGAUAGGAACAGCGAACAGUCUUUUGGUGGAGUGGUUUGAUGGCACGUAGGGAGUUGGGUUCAAACGAUGCGGUCCUCUCUUUUCAGCAAGACAUUUACCACAACCGAUCCUUACCACAAAUCGGAACCCUACUUCGGAAUUUGAUUCUCAGUUCUCCCUUUCUAUCCUCUCCUUUAGCCUCCCCCGCUCUCAGGAUGAGCAAUCUGAGGGCGAUCUGCCGCCCCUACUCGGCAGCCAUCACCUUGAUCUACUGCAGCAGGGGUCUCGGAGGCCUAGAAUUCUUGCUCGCCUCCCGGAGCCCUAAUCUCCGGAUCCCGUCACCCUGCCAUGAUUCAGCACCGUUUAUACUCGAGGGCCACACCAGGAUGGGGCCGGCCUCUAGCGCAAGCUCGAGGCGGACGCUCACCACCCGCGUCUCUAAUUGGAAAUCGGAAAAAACACCAUAUGAAACUCUCGAGCUGGAAAGGGAUGCUGAUGAAGAGAAGAUAAAGGUUGCUUACAGAAGAUUGGCUAAGUUUUAUCACCCAGAUGUCUAUGAUGGAAGAGGAAAUCUUGUGGAAGGAGAAACCGCUGAAGCUCGAUUUAUCAAAAUACAAGCUGCUUAUGAGCUUCUAAUAGAUGUAGAAAAAAGACGACAAUAUGACAAAGAUCACCGUGUCAAUCCUAUGAAGGCUUCUCAAGCAUGGGUGGAGUGGUUAAUGAAAAAGCGAAAAGCAUUUGACCAGCGAGGAGAUAUGGCAAUUGCUGCUUGGGCUGAACAACAGCAGCGCGAGUUGAACCUGAGAGCACGUCGUCUCUCCCGAUCAAAGAUUGAUCCUGAGGAAGAGAGGAAGAUAUUAGCGAGGGAAAAGAAGGCAUCUAUCGAGUAUUUCUCCAGCACCCUGAAGAGACACACGCUAGUACUGAGGAAGAGGGAUUUGAUGCGGAAAAAGGCAGAGGAAGACAAGAAAAAGGCCAUCAGUCAACUUUUAGCUGCAGAAGGUCUUGAACUCGACACUGAUGAUGAUGACGACGAAGCUGUAUGAUUUUUUUUUUCUUCCCAUUAUAGGAAAUUUGUUGUACAUAAUCUAUUCAACUCUUAUUAGUACUAAUAAUCAUUUUCUUAAUGGACUAAACUAAACUAAACUAGCUUUGGAACUUGAUCA